GCCAGGCGAUCAUUUCCUCUUAGGUCACAUCGUUGCUGCUGCCACAGUUUGGAAGAAAUGGCGGACAUGGAUGAAUUGUUCGGGAGUGAUGGGGACAGCGACAAUGAGCAGCGAGAGUCUGGCUCUGGCUCCGGUUCAGACUCGGAGCAGGAGAGACCCCGAUCCGCCAGCAACGCCUCGGGCAGCGGCAGCGACAGUGAGAGGGAUCAGGAUGAUGAGAAUGGCCGGGAGGUCGGAAAAGCCAGCAUAAAUAAGGAGCUGUUUGGUGACGACAGUGAGGAUGAGCAGCACAGUCCGCGCAGUCAGCACAGUCCGCGCAGUCAGCACAGUCCGCGCAGUCAGCACAGUCCGCGCAGUCAGCACAGUCCGCGCAGUCAGCAAAGUCCGCGCAGUCAGCGCAGUCCGCGCAGUCAGCGCAGCGGAAGCGACAACCAGUCUGAGCGUUCUGGGAACCAGUCAGAGGCCAGCAUACACUCAGACCAGGGGGAUCACUCUGACGCAGAGCAGCACAGCGGCUCAGAGCGUGGCCAUCAAGACGAGGAUGAAGACGAGGAGGAGAGGGGCCACCAGUCGGACAGAGGAAGCCCGGCUGGCAGUGGGAUGUCUGGAGCGGGAAGCCCUCGCUCCGAGAGGGGCAGUGCCCGUUCAGACAGAAGUGUGCACAGUGAUCCUGCGACUCCGCUGUCAGCGCCAGGCACUCCUCACACUGAUGGAGAAGCUUCUGCCAGGGAGAACCAAUCUGAUGAUGAGAAGUGGGAAGGAGGGGCUAAGAGCGACCAGUCAGAGGACGAGCAGGAGAAACGUCAUUACUCCGAUGAAGAAAGAGAGAACUCUGAUGACGAAGGGCCGAGGGGCAGGAAAUCAGGUUUUGCUAAGGGCAGUGAUAGUGAAGAUGAUUUUCUAAGACAGAAGCCCAAAGCAAAAAUUGCCUCUGAUUCGGAUUCAGACAGUGAUGUUGGAACAAAAAAAGUAAAGAAGACGGCAGCAGAUGAUCUGUUUGGAGAGGCUGAUGACAUUUCUUCAGACAGCGAUGCAGAGAAGCCUCCAACCCCGGGACAGCCCCUGGAUGCAGAGGAUGGGAUGGACGGGGAUCACCCAGAAGAGGAGCCUGCCCCCGAAACUCGCAUCGAAGUAGAGAUCCCAAAAGUCAGCACAGACCUGGGAUCUGACCUUUAUUUUGUCAAGCUGCCCAACUUCCUGUCUGUGGAGCCCAGACCCUUCGAUCCUCAGUACUAUGAGGACGAAUUUGAGGAUGAAGAAAUGCUGGAUGAGGAGGGACGGACCAGGCUGAAGCUGAAGGUGGAGAACACAAUUCGGUGGAGAGCCAGGAAAGACGAGGAGGGAAAUGAGAUACGAGACAGCAAUGCACGCAUUGUCAAAUGGUCUGAUGGCAGCAUGUCCCUCCACCUUGGGAAUGAAGUGUUCGAUGUUUACAAGGCUCCUCUCCAGGGAGACCACAACCACUUGUUCAUCCGACAGGGCACAGGACUGCAGGGACAGGCUGUGUUCAAAACCAAACUCACAUUCAGGCCACACUCCACAGACAGCGCCACCCACAGGAAGAUGACUCUGUCUCUGGCUGACCGCUGCUCCAAGACCCAGAAGAUCAGAAUCCUUCCCAUGGCUGGACGAGAUCCGGAGUCCCAUCGUAAUGAAAUGAUCAAGAAAGAAGAGGAGCGGCUGCGAGCCUCCAUCCGCAGAGAAUCGCAGCAGAGGAGGAUGAGGGAGAAGCAGCACCAGAGAGGCCUGAGCAGCAGCUACCUGGAGCCCGACCGCUACGAUGACGACGAGGAGGGCGAUGAGGCCAUCAGUCUGGCAGCCAUCAAGAGCAAAUUCAAGGGAGGGGGAGGUCUCAGAGAGGAGCGAGCCAGGAUCUACUCCUCAGACAGUGAUGAAGGAUCCGAUGAUGACAAGGCCCAGAGGCUGAUGAAGGCCAAGAAGCUAGACAGCGAUGAGGAGGGCGAGGGACCAAGUAAGAGAAAGGCAGAAGACGACGACGACGAAGAAGAAGAAGUGGCUACCAAAAAGGCCAAGAAAUAUGUUAUCAGCGAUGAUGAGGAGGAAGAGGAGGAGGCGGCGGCGGCAGCGGCGGCGGUGGCGGCGGCGGUAGAAGAGGGGGAGGAAGAAGAGGAUGACGAAUAAUUCAUUUUUUUUUUUUUUUAUCGUUCCACUGUAUUAUCAGUGCUCAGCCCACAUGGCAUAUAAACAGCCAUAGUUUGCUUUAUAUAUUUUCUUAAGAUCUGUGUGUGGGAGAGUGUGUUUGUUUGUUUGUUUUUUGUUUGUUUGUUUGUGAGAUUGUGUGUCUGCUUGUUUAUGUUGUGUACAGCAGAGGUGUGAAUAAAGAAAUGGUUGUCUUAUGUAACCAAA